CAUACGUCAAGUUUUGUUAUUAUUUAAAAACUAUGUAAGAAAUUUUAAAAAUUACUUUUGAAGCACCGGAUAACAAUUACUAGUGACAUCUUAUAGUUAACCUAUAUACUAACGCAUCACUUGUGUUAAUGGAAUUUUUUUAAAUGUUUUGUUUGUUAAACCACGCGAUCGUUUAAGAAAGAUUGUUUUUAAGUAUCUUAUAAAUAUAAUUCUUUUUAUUACAUUUAUGUAAUAACAAUUGAAUCAAAAUCAUGAAGUUCUCAUAUAAGUUUAGUAAUCUUCUCGGAACAGUUUAUAGAAAAGGUAAUUUAUUGUUUGCCAAUGAUGGUUCAACAGUUAUCAGUCCUGUGGGUAAUAGAAUAUCCAUUUACGAUCUCAAAAAUAAUAAAUCAUCAACUCUGCCAGUAGAAAGUCGAUUUAAUUAUACAGCAAUUGAUUUGUCUCCUAAUGGAAAUAUAUUAAUUGCUGUAAAUGAAGAGGGCGAGGCUCAUAUUAUUAGUAUGAUAAGUAAAAUAAUUGUACAUAAAUAUAGAUUUAAAAGGCCAGUAAGAUGUGUUAAGUUUUCUCCUGACGGUAAAUAUUUUGCUGCAUGCAAAGAAAAUAAUGUUUUUAUAUUUGAUGCUCCUGGAUUACAAGUAGGAAAUUAUAAUCCAUUUGUAAUGAAACGUGUCUUUCAUGAAGCAACAGAUGAAACUACAACACUUUGUUGGUCAUUUGAUUCAAAAUUUUUAGCUGUUGGAUCUAAAGACACAGCAACAAAAUUAUACUCUAUAGAAAAAUGGGCAAACUUCAAACAUUGUACUCUUGGUGGUCAUUCAGAUGAAAUAGUUGGCAGCUUUUUUGAUACAACUGACAGUUAUGAUCUUUUUACUAUCAGUAAAAAUGGCCAUCUCUGUCUUUGGGAAUGUUCCAUUGAACCAGAUGAUUUAAUUGCAUAUGAACCAUCAAAGAAAAAGGAAAAACCUAACGAUAGUGAUAGUGAAGAUGAUGUAGAUUUGGAGAAAGCUAUUGAAAAGCCAGACGAUUUUCAAAUGCCAAAAAAUUCUAAUACAUCGUCAUCAGAAAGUGAACAACCGAAAAGAAACAAGGAAAACGAAGUCAAAAAAUUUUUUUAUAAAAAAGUUACUCGACAUUUUCUGUUGGAUGAAGUAAAAAAAACUGAUAAACAUGCUGUUUUAACAGCAGCAUCGUAUCAUGUAAAUACACGAAUACUUGUAGUAGGUUUUAGUAGUGGAUCCUUUUUUAUUUAUGAAAUGCCAGAUGUAAAUAUGAUUCAUUCAUUGGAUAUUUCAAGCCAAAGUAUUUCUUCUAUUGCUAUAAAUAAUUCUGGAGAUUGGAUAGCCUUAGGAUGCUCUCAAUUAGGUCAGCUUUUAGUUUGGGAAUGGCAAAGUGAAACCUAUGCUAUGAAACAACAAGGCCAUAGCAACAAUAUGAAUAGCUUAGCUUACAGUGGAGAUGGCCAGUUUAUUGUUACUGGUGGAGAUGACGGAAAAGUGAAGCUUUGGAAUACGUUAAGUGGAUUUUGUAUAGUCACUUUUUCUGAACACACUUCAGCAGUUUCUAGUGUUAUCUUCAGCCACAACCGUAAAUUUAUUGUCUCAGCAUCAUUGGAUGGAACAGCCAGAGCUUAUGAUCUUACCCGAUAUCGUAAUUUCAAAACUUUUACAUCUCCAAGACCAGUACAGUUUUCUUGUGUAGCUCUUGAUGCAAGUGAUGAAUUCCUCGCGGUUGGCGGCCAAGACUUUUUUGAUAUUUAUCUAUGGAGUGUAAAAUUAGGAACUUUGUUAGAAAUUAUGAGUGGACAUGAAGGACCAGUUGCAAGUUUAGCAUUUAGUCCUAAUUUAGCAAGUACUGCACUUGCUUCUGUUUCUUGGGACAAAACUUUAAAGCUAUGGAAUGCUAUUGAGCAUGGAUCUACUCAUGAAACAAUUGAGUUGACUGCUGAUGGUUUAUGUGUUGUUUAUAAUCCAAAUGGACAAGAAGUUGCUGUUUCAACACUUGAUGGACAAAUUACAUUUUUUGAAUGCAAAAAUGCCACUCAAACCGGUAGUAUUGAAGGCAGAAAAGAUUUAGGAAGUGGAAGAUCAGAUACUGAUUUAAUCACAGCUAAGAAAAAUCUUGAAGGAAAAGCAUUUACAACUUUAUGUUAUUCCGCUGACGGAUCUUGUAUUUUAGCUGGUGGACAAUGGAAAAACGUUUGUAUUUAUAACGUUAAAGAGACUAUUCUUAUGAAGAAAUUUGAAAUAACUCAAAAUAGAUCAUUUGAUGCUGUUGAUGAUUUUAUUAAUCGACGAAAAAUGUCAGAGUUUGGUAAUUUAAAUUUAGUAGAAACAAGAGAAGAGAAUGAAGGUGGGAGAGUUACUCUGAGGUUACCUGGUGUUCGAAGUGGUAAUAUGGCUAGCAGAAGUAUGAAACCGGAAGUUAGAGUAUUUUGUCUUCAAUUUUCACCAACUGGUCAAUCGUGGGCAGCAGCUACUACUGAAGGACUUUUGAUCUACUCAUUAGAUGUAGGAUUAGUCUUUGAUCCAUUUUAUUUAGACUUAGGAAUUACUGUUGACAGUGUAAAAAAAACAUUGAAAGAGGAAGAAUAUGCUAAAGCUCUUAUGAUGGCUCUUAAACUUAAUGAAAAAGAUUUAAUUCAAAAUGUUGUUGAAAAAAUACCUUUCAAUAACAUCGAAUUUACUGUUAAAAGUAUACCUCAAUUAUAUGUUGAGCGGUUAUUAAAAUUUAUUGCCGCAGAAAUGGAAAAAACAAGGCAUAUUGAGUUUUAUUUGGAGUUUGCUGAAGCUAUUCUUUCACAAGCAGGACAUAAAAUAAAUUCUGACAUGAAUAUGCCAACAUUACUUCUGUUACAAAAAAAUAUGCAGCGAAAGUAUGACGACUUAAGUAAGAUAUGUGAUUUCAAUCAAUAUACACUAGACUGGAUACUUAAAUCUGCUGAAUUGAAAACAAAGAAAACUUCUGUCGAAGAAUUAGAAGGAUCGAUUCAAGAAAUGGAUAUAGAUUAAUUUAAUUUAUAUUUGUAAUUACUAGAUAAGUAUUUGUUUUUUUAAAUAAAAGAAUUUUUUACAAAAA